CCCGCUUCAGUUCAAAGCGUUCCCCCUGUUCAUUUCGACCUCUCUCUUCCUCUCCCGUCGUCGUCUCCCCCGUCUCCGGCUAGGGUUUCGGCCGCUCGCCGCCCUCGCCUCCGCCUCCGCCUCCGCCGCCGCCGCUCGCCAGGGGGAGCCCUUCUCACCUCACCGCUCCCGUCUCUCUCUCCCCGUCGACCCCGACGGGCUACGGCUCUACACCCUCCCCGCCUCGGCUCGUGUCUGUUCGCCCGCGGGGACGCUGUUUCCGGCGGGCGGAGGCGCGGCCGCGGCGUCGCGGCUCCUCCUCGGAGGCACGGUGCGGGCGACGGCCCUCCUCCUCUCCUUCCCCGACCCUCUCUCUCUAUCUCACUCUCUCUGCCCUAGCCUUCUACGCUGUGUGGAGGCGUCGUCGCGCGCGCGCGCCCGGACGGCGAGCAUCUGGAUUUGAGCCUAAUUGAAGCUGAACCCCCAUGGCCCAGUUUAGGUCUGCGCCUGUGGAAAGCGAGGCGGAGCCAGGCGCCGAUGGCCCUGUGGAUGAAGCCAAUGCUGUGGAAGAGGAGAAAUCUGGUAAGGGUGAGGAUGGCAUUGAGGAGGCUGCCGAUACCGUUGAUUCCGUGAAGGAUUCAGCAAAGCCUGAAGGCAUGGAUGCAAAGGAGGAGGCGGUGGAGCAGGAGGGUGGGGCCGCAGCGGAUAAGGCAAAGGAUAUUCCUGUGACUAGUAACGGUAAGACGGAUGCUGGCGGAAAUGAGGUGGCUGAAAUGAAGGUUGAAAAAUUGGAGAAUGGUGAUGGGCAUUUGAAGGCGGACGGCGAUAGCAAUGGUGAUAACAAGGGUGCUGAUGGUGAGAAACAGCUUAUGUUAGCGUCAGCUGGGGAGGACGUGGAGGACCCGGUGCUGUCCAAGCUUGCAAGCAACUCCUUCAUGUUUGAUUACAGCUGUGGUGGUGAUGACUCGGGGACUGAGGAGGAGCAGGCUGCUUUCAUGAAGGAACUUGAGCGGUUUUACAGGGAGAAGCUUAUGGAAUUCAAGCCCCCGAAGUUCUAUGGUGAAGGGUUGAAUUGCCUCAAGUUGUGGAGACAAGUGACUGGGUUGGGUGGCUAUGAUCAGGUGACAUCGUGCAAACUGUGGCGGCAAGUGGGAGAGUCUUUCAAACCUCCGAAGACAUGCACAACUGUUUCAUGGACCUUCCGUAACUUCUAUGAGAAGGCACUCCUUGAAUAUGAGAAACACAAAAUCGAAACGGGCGAGUUUCAAGUUGCUGCAUCUAAUUUAACAGAGAGGAUUACUUCUGAAAGUCAGGUUGGCAUCCAUGCUUCUGGUUCUGGAAGAGCUAGAAGAGAAUCUGCAACCCGAGCUAUGCAAGGCUGGCACUCUCAGCGCUUGCUUGGCAAUGGUGAAAUUGCUGAUCCAAUAAUUAAAGAUAAAGGGACGGUGUCUGUCUUAAAAAAGGAUAAAACUCCUAAAAGCAGCGGUUCUGCCAAGAGGAAAAGGACACCGACCUUGGAAGAUGACAGGAUUGUACCAUAUAAACCUGACAAGCUACAAAAUGACUCAAUGGUUCUUGACCUUGGCCCUCCAGCUGAUUGGGUAAAGAUAAACGUUCGGAGAACCAAAGAUUGCUAUGAAGUCUAUGCAUUGGUUCCUGGCCUUCUGCGUGAGGAGGUACAUGUUCAGUCAGAUCCUGCUGGCCGUUUGAUAGUUACUGGAGAGCCUGAGCAACUAGACAAUCCUUGGGGUGUUACUCCAUUCAAGAAGGUUAUUAGUUUGCCCUCCCGCAUUGAUCCUCAUCAAACUUCGGCAGUUGUCACUCUCCAUGGACAGCUAUUUGUCCGUGCACCAUUCGAGCAGUCAAAGUAAAUGGUGCUCUACAAGAUGAAGCGCAACAUGCAAGGUUGCUUUUGUAGGUGGGGGUUUAUGUGAUUGACUUGGGCCUGUUCAUCCUGAUCUUCGUUGCAAACUAGUUACUUUCUGCUUCAUUACUCCUGCCAUGUUGUCUAUUCUGUAUUGAUUAAUUCUAGUUAACUAGAUGGUCUAGUUAUGUAUCUUGUAGUUCGUUAAUUGUGAUAUGUAGCUUAAGUUCAGCUCUAUUAGUUUAGAAUGUUAAUAGCCUGAUGCUAAACAUGUUCAUGGUUUCUUUCUUCCUUUUUUUUUUCUCAACUAAAGAAAAGGUGAUAAUUUGUAGCAUGUAGCUUGUGAGGUUAUUCCUAAUACUCAGUUCUCAUACUACUCAGAACAUGAAGACAAGAUAGAUUCUUGGAUGUAACUGUUGCCUUGUGCAUUGCUGUUGUAUCUGUAUAACUGAAUUGACAACUGUGCCUGACCAUCCCUUGAAACUAUUACUGAUGGUGUAUCAAUUGUUUUUAGUGUUA